AUGAGCGACUCUCAACGAGCUGCUGCUGAGAACAGCCUUUCGGCUGCCCGCGCCAACAUUGCUGCAUCUCUGCGUGCACUUGACGUGAUCGGCAAGACUUCGUCGAACUCGACUGCCGUGCCCGUCCCCGCCUCUGGCCUUCAUGACAUUACGAUCCAGCUUCUUACCCAGCUGCGCCAGACUGUCACCACCCUCGCCUUGACCUUCAAGCCCCCUCUCACGGCCGAGGCGAUCCGACCAUACCUCGACAAGCUCACCGACCAGGUCGGCCGUCUGGUGUCGUGCGUCCUCGCCGCAGCCGGAGGUGGUGGCGAGGCGACUUCGUCUCUUGUCGAGUCGUGGAAUGAUGCCGUGGUUCGCGUCGGUGACGAGAUCCAGCGCCUCCUCACCAUCCUCGAGAAGGGCGUGCGCGAGCCCCAGGCAUCGUCGAGCAAGGGUGAGUCGCCCUACCUUGCCCACACGGGUAUGGUGUGGGAGGCAAUCGACAAAGUCAGCGGCACUUUGCCAACGGACGAGCGUUCGGCCGUCCAGCAGUGCUGGGAGGGUCAGAAGGAUACCGUGCGCGACGCUUGGACAGAGUUCAAGGAGAUGCUCGAGGACGCGGACGAGGAUGACGACGAGGACGACAUCUUUGGUGCUGGCGACGAGGAUGACGACGAGUGGGCCGAGCUGGAGAAGGCCAUGGGCGGCAAGAUGACCGCCGACGAGAAGAAGCGUGCCGAGACGGCCAAGUCGGUGUUCGGACUGCACCAGAUCCUGCACGCCACCGUUCCUCGUUACCUUCAUCUGCUCGAGCUGCAGCCAGAGAUGACCUACGGACCGCUCCUUGCUGCGGGUGCCGAAGUCGUCGCUGCCCUCGACACUGCCAUCUCGGGCAUGUACCCCAAGCAGGAUGUGGCCGAGAUUAUCGGCUCCGUCGACGCGCUCAACGCCAAGGGCCGUGCCCUCGCCACUGCCUUCCGCGCUAGGCUGGCACAGAGCGCUGCUCCUGAGGACCAGGGUGCCGUGGCCAAGAGCUUCGUUGACCGCUGGGAGACCCGACUGGACCUCGAGGUCAAGGCGUGGGACGAGGCCAAGUUGAGCAUGUCUGCUCUUGCGGACGCGUUGGAGUAG